CCGUCUGGACCACAGCAUGAAGGAGAUGCUUGGAGGGUGCUGUGUGUGUUCUGACGAGAGGGGAUGGACUGAGAAUCCGCUGGUCUACUGCGAUGGCCAAGGAUGCACCGUUGCUGUGCACCAGGCGUGUUAUGGCAUUGUCACGGUGCCCACAGGGCCCUGGUACUGCAGGAAAUGCGAGUCGCAGGAGAGGAGUGCCAGAGUGCGCUGUGAAUUGUGCCCAAGCAGGGAUGGGGCCCUUAAAAAGACAGACCAGGCGGGCUGGGCCCACGUGGUCUGUGCCCUGUACAUCCCAGAGGUGCGAUUUGGAAACGUCACAACGAUGGAACCGAUUAUUCUCCAGUUAAUCCCAGGGGAAAGGUUCAAUAAGAUGUGUUAUAUAUGCGAGGAGCAGGGCAGGGGUAGCAGAGCAACGGUGGGAGCCUGCAUGCAGUGUAAUAAGACAGGAUGCAAGCAGCAAUUUCAUGUUACGUGCGCUCAGGCACUUGGCCUCCUCUGUGAGGAGGCUGGAAAUUAUCUUGACAAUGUCAAGUACUGUGGAUACUGCCAGCAUCAUUAUUCGAAACUGAAAAAAGGUGGCAACGUGAAGACAAUUCCCCCCUACAAGCCAAUCCCUGCUGACAACGGCUCCUCGGACUCAUCACCAGAGAAAGAGGCAGAGGCCCCUCUGAAGACGAGCUCUAGCACGACGAAGAGAAAAGGCUCGAGCUCAAAAUCCACGACAGGCUCCAAGACAAAAUCAAAUUCGAGUCCGAGUUUGGAACUCAAUGGCAUGACGGAAGAUAAAAGUGGUAGCGGUCGUAACACUCCAAAAGACACAAGUCAACACCAAAACACUGGUAGCAGUAAAUUUACCAGUUCAAAUUUCGUAGAGACCGUUGUCACCCAGUCGGAGAGUGUCUUCGGGGUGGAGGGAGGACAGGCUGGAGUGAAACCGAGUCCUGGGGUUCACAAGAGCCAGUCCAGGUCGAGCUCAUCGUCCACAAAGUCCUCCAGUCACACAAGCAAGAAGAGAAAAACAGGCGCGAGAACACCAACUGCAUUGGGAAAUGAAAAUUCUAAUCAUUCCGUAAGUUCUGAGGCCAGUGGAUCUGUAGUUGUAGCUGUUGGAGCUCCUCCACAGGCACCCACCAAUAGUAUCCAACCAACAGUCACCGAAGCCACUAGUCUCAGCACCAAUGCAGAACCAGAAAAAUCAAAAAAGUUAAAAAUUGACAGUCCUCCAGUUCAAAGUACCUCAACAACCCCAGUGACGACUGAGGCGACGACAACUCCCGUGAUAAUGUCCGUGACACCUUCCACCGUGGCUCAGUCUCCCACAACGACAGCCAAUAGUAUAGUGGUAUCAGUACCACUGACAGCUACUUCUCUAGCCAGCUCUAUUCAGAGUAUCGUAACGAGUGCCCCAACACUCUACCAGCAAUUACAACAGAGCAUGAUUACCACAGCUGCCAUGACACAGCCCAUCCAUGGAACUGUGACAACUGUCGGUGAUAAAGGUCAUCCUGAGGAUACGCCUGCCAAGAGGUCGAGAACUCAAUCAACAGAAAAGCAGGAAAAGCGAGGGAGGACAAAGAGGAUUUCAUCGAGCAGUAACCCAGUGGCAGGGCCUCCAGUGCCCUCCUCGUCAUCUUCGACCUCGAUAACAACAUCGAAACGCGGAGGAAGGAGUAGCCAGGCGCCACCCACGCUGCCUCCGCCUCCAGCGGUAACAGUGGCUCCAGUUCCCUCUAUAAUUCAGGGACCCACGCUGGGUAUUGGCCACUUCAGCAGCGUGGGCUCUGGUACUAUGGGACCAGUGGUGAAGGACUCACCACCUAGUUCACCAGGUUCUGAGAGCAUGAGCAGCACAGGCCCUGGCAGAAGAAAGAGAAAGAGCGCUGGAAAUACAACACCAACACCAUCAGCAUCAACAACACCAACAGCAAUGCUUACCAAUGCCAAGGACGAGAAAGACGUUAAAUUAUUUCAGAAUGGUGUGAGCGCUCCCCACAUGCUGGGCAAUCAGUUGAAUCCAUCAUCGACGAUGGCCCAGAAAAUGUCGGAUACGUUGAAUCAGGAGUUGGAGGCCCACUCGAUAUUCACUGAGGCUAGCAAUUCAUCUACCAAUCUCGUUGGUCCACAGCUCCACAGUCGAGUUAUAGCCUCAAUCAGGUCGAAUCAGGCCGCGCAGCAGCAGCAGUCUGCCACGUCGUUCUCAGCCGUUUUCUCUCAGAACAGCAAUAACUCGAGUCUUGGGGCUGGAGGUCUUGCUGGUGGUGCAAUACCUCAGACACUCGAUCAGCUACUGGAGAGACAGUGGGAGCAGGGCAGCCAAUUUCUCAUGGAGCAGGCACAGCACUUCGAUAUUGCAUCGUUGCUAUCGUGCCUCCAUCAAUUACGAGCUGAAAAUCUUAGACUCGAGGAGCAUGUCAACAGCCUACUCCAACGCAGGGAUCACCUGCUAGCUGUUAAUGCACGUUUAGCCAUUCCCCUGACAACUCAACCCAGCAAUCAUCCACCGAAUAAUAUUCAUCCCUCAGUCAAUCCAACUGAUUCUAAUGUUCCACAUGCUAAUGUACCACCUGGGGCACCUGCAUCUAUGUCCAGGGUCAGUCGAGACUCCAGGGUCAAUAACACGUACAUGCCUCACUCCAGCUCCAGUGGACACUCCACACCAAUGGAAAAUGGACUGCCACCUGAUCCUUCACCACCUGCUGCUGCCUCUGUACAGCAAUAUCCUCAUAGGGGAAGUUUAGUACCACCUCAGCCUAGCCCAACGACGAUAAGGCACAGCCCCGCAGCCAGUGGAUAUCAUCAAUCCCAAUCAGGCAACAUAGUGUCGCCAGCAACAGCCAAUACCUCCGGAGUGUUCAGAAGCUCCUCAGCAACCCCAGAUCCCCUUCGAGGAGUACCUAGGUCUUCAGGCAGUUACAUGGGGUCGGUGUAUCAACCGACGAUGUCCAGUCUUACCAGUAAUCAAGUAGGUAAUGUUCAUAAUCAACACAGCCAUGGGCCCACAACGACCAGUCAUGGGCCAUCCAAUAAGCCAAGCUGAAGGUGAAUUCAUUCGACGAAAUUAUUUAAGAUUAUUUUUGAGGUAUUCGGUACCAGCGUGAUCACAGCCCUUUACUCUAUCGCAGCAGAAUAUCAUUCAUUUUUUCGUUUCGUACAAAUAAAAAUGUCACGUGUGUAGUUAUAAUGUGAGACAGAGUAGAAUAGGACAAAACGGUCAAUUAUCAAUAACUCGGAAAGCACCAAGUAAAGUUGAAUGAUUUUCUCUCAAUUCAAAGCUUCAAAACAGAUCUUUGAAAUGAUAAAAAGCUCGUUGAAUUCCACUCUACUGAUCUAAAGUUAUUGACGAUUGAAGACGUUCCAUUUCGUCUCACUCUACUCAACAUACAAUUUUUUAUUUUUUUAAAUAUUAAUUGAUCUCGAAAGCUAUGGGUUUUAGAAGAAAAUAUCAAGAAUACUUCUUUGUGGGCAUUUCAAUUGGCUACAAAAAAGUUCUUCAAGGUUUUCCGUUCAAAUGGAUAUUUUUCGGGAAAAAUCGAUAAUUAUGGAAAAAAAUUUAAUUGAAUUAUCUCGGUUUAACACUUCACUCGUGAUGUUGAUUCUGCCCUUUUGUUUUGUUAUUAGGGAGUCAUUUUGCAUGUAAUUGUGAAUGUUGACGACGCUAUUGCGUUUAGGCUCAAUUUUUUUAUUUCCUUUAACUUUAUUACGUUUUGGAGUUCUGCAUUAUUUUCUAGUUUAGUUUCCUCGUUGAAUGCUGCGAUAGUUGAUCAUGUGUUCUUGAUUCAAAGCUGCCGCUGAACAGGCCAGUUUAGUCGUUAAUUAAGUAAAUCUAAUGAGAUUGGAAUUGUCAAUUGACCGGAAACUCGUGUUUCCAAUUAAUUAAGAAAAAAGAUGAAAUUUGUUUUUGACUUGAAAUUAGAAAAAUACAGACUAGAAAAAUCUGUAGCAUUUAAGAACUUUUGUAUUUGGACGUGAAAAUUAUAUAAUUAGGGGAUUAUUAUCUCGAAACAGCAAAGACUUGAAUAAAUUAAAGGAAACAUAAAUAAGAAAGGUUUUAAUUUAAAUUUUGCUGGGCUGAACUUGCGUGUGAGUGGGUGGUUUAGGAUAUGUGUACAAAUUGUAGGCUGUAUUGUUAAAUUCAAUCGACGAAUAGCAAUAAUAAUGUAGGUGUACAUUGAUAGAUUUAUGCCUGUAUAUUAGGAGUGAUGCAUUGAGGAGAUUUGACAUUUUUUAAUGUGACCAUUGGGGUAGGAAAUGGUUUGUACUUGGGACGUUUGAACAAAAUAUGUGAUUUUAUAUGAAUACCUCAAUGCACUACUGCCACAUUCGCACACGCACGAGAUAGAGUUCUUUAGGUGAUUAUUCGUUAGGGAAUUAAUGUGUUGGGGAGUAACACGAGCACUGCCUUUUACGACGUCAGUCAGCAAGAAAUUCGAGAAGAAAUUAUGGAAUUCUUUCGGGAAACGGGGAAACAGACUUGAAUUUUUCUUCAAUUUUUCAGGUUUAAAUAUUCUUGUUAUUUUACUUAAAAGUUAUUAAAAUCAGGAAUUCUAGGUGAAUUCAGAGAAAAAUACUCAUAAUUUUUUGGGAGAAUGUGGAGGAGAAUUUUCUUUUUUAUAUUAUAAAUAUGGGAAAUUGUACAAUUUUCCACUCCAUUUCUCAGCAAAAUUGAGACAACUCAUAAAAAUCUCGAAGUUUCAGAAAAUUUUGUCUCUUAAAACGAAUUGCAUCUGAAUCUUGAGAAAUUGAUAAAUCUUUUGUGAAAAGUGCGAGAUGUUUCGUCGUUUUACAGAUUAUUCCAACUGACAUAUCGAAAUUUCCAAUUGAAAAAUUUAAUUUAUCAUUUCUGGGUUAAGUUUUUUAAAUGUUCUGGAUAAUUCUUGGUUGAGGAAGAAUCAAAGGA